UGCUUGUCGAUAUGGAGAAGAGGUAAUGAUAUUGUAGUGUAAUUGAGGUUAAAUUAUGAGCAAUGACUGAAAAGAAAUAAAAGCAAAACUACAUCCGGAGAAGAGCAAUGAUCCGAAUAGAUCUCAGAAGGAAGAAGGCAAAAAAUCACAAAGGCAAGUAUAGUAUAAAUGCGAUGGAGAGGCUGCAAUUGGAGAUGAAGAAGAUCGUAAACUGUAAGGCAUGGCCUGCUGGUCCAGGUGAGUAUGAGGUUAAAGAGAAGAAAUCAUCAUUCCAGUUAUACAUGGGCAAGCAUUCUUGCAGUUGCAGGAAGUGGGACAUGUCAGGCAUUCCUUGCCGUCAUGCUUUGACGGUGAUUAUAGACAAGAAAUUGAAUCCGAAAAACUACAUUUCAUCUUGGUAUUUGACUUCUAGGUGGAGAAAUGAGUACAGUGCAUAUAUAGAUGCGGUAAGAGGCUGCAACUUCUGGAGGAAAUCCGGUGAGACUGAGCUUUUGUUACCACCAAAACCAGAAGGUAGAAAGAGAAUCCCAAAAAGAAUCAAGGAGAGGAAUGAGUCACCACAAAAGAAGAAGAGCAAAGGCAAAGAGAAGGAGCUUAAACUUUCUAGAAAGAAGAGAAUAAUUCAUUGUGGAAUAUGUGGUGGAGAAGGGCAUAACACAAGGAAGUGCCAAUUCUUUGGACCUGCUCCUUAUAGACGUCCAAAUAAGGUUAAAGAGAGUGCAACAGUAGGAUCAUCAAGUCAGCCAACACAAAGCCAAGUCAUUGACUAAACUCUUAGGUUGUUAAAACGGAUUGCAGGGUCUGAUGGAAGGAAGGUUUUUAGGAGUGAAGGUGCUCUGAAAGUUUUUAUAAGAGAGCAUUUAGAGGAUUCGGAUAAUAUUUUGGUUAUGUAUCUUUAGGAUUAAUGUUAUGUUGACUUAUGGAUUAAGGUUUUUGUAACCAAAUGAUACUUCUGUUUUCAAAUUAUGCAUAAUUUCCCAUUACAUAAUAUAUUGUCUGACUAACA